AUGUCCAUCCUCACCAUCCUAUGCCUCGCGCUCGCGCUUUCAGCCAGCUACAUUCUCGCGCAGAUCUACACUCACUACCGUCCCCUCCGCGACAGCCCACUACCAGUCCUCAUCGUCGCGACUUCCCUCCCCCACCCGCUUCGGAGUCUUUUCACCCUCAUUGACCACAACUCCCGCCUAGCCCUGUUCUUCCAACGCGACCGCUUCAGCCACCACUCCUGGAAUUUCCGCGACAAAUUCGCCCUGCACGCGCGCUACGGCCGGUCCUUCUUCCUGGUGACGCCGGGGGGCCGGGAAUUUAUCACCGCGGACCGCCCCGUCGCAGACCAGAUCCUCCUGCGGCGGAGGGCGUUCCCCAAACCAUUAAGGCUGCUUGACAACUUAGAGCUGUUCGGACCGCAUCUUGCUUCGGUCGAAGACACAACCUGGCAGCGCCACCGCCGUAUCACCGCCAGCGCCUUCACCGCGUCCACCGACCAGAUCGUCUGGACCGUCUCCCUCGCCCGCGCGGCGCAGCUGGUCGCCACCCGGCCUAGUACAACCACCACCACCAGCACAAGCACAUUCCCCGACCUCGCCGACGCAAGCCUCGACGUGCUGCUCAAGGUCUGCCUCCCCACCACAACCCCCUUAGAUCCGACCUUCAGCCCGCAGGAGUGCAAAACCGCCCUCCUCCGCUUCCUGGGGAUACUCACCGCCCCGACGGGGUGGAGAUGGGGAUGGAGCCUCCUCCCCUGGCGCCGGAGUCAGGGCUCACGGGGUCUGUGGGCAGGGGCGUGCGAGCUCCGGGGGAGUAUCACGCAGCUCGUGGACUACCGUCGCCACCGGCUGGAUGGGACCGUGCAUGGGGAUCUGCUCUCGACAUUGCUGUGGUGCGAGGGUAGCGCUGGCAACGGCAACGGCAACAGGGAGUAUAUGUCCCCGGACGAGAUCCGGGGCAAUGUGUUUUUGUUUCUGUUUGCCGGGCAUGAGACCACCGCGAAUACGUUGCUGUAUGCCGUGUAUCUUUUGGCCAUCUUUCCGAGGUGGCAGGAGUGGGUGGUGCGGGAGAUGGACUUCUUGCUGAAGGGCGUGGGAAGGGAGGAGGAGCCGGGGUUUGAGGUGUUGGAGGGGUUGGUGAGGUUGAGGGCUGUUUUGAUGGAGACGCUGAGGCUUUAUGGCCCCGUUGUGAAUGUGCUGCGCGAGACGCGCGAGCAGGACCAGAUGAUUAAGGCGGAGAUUCCGUUCGUCAUUCCGGGACACACCUCCAUCCGAGUCAAUAGUGUAGCGCUGCAUACGGAUCCUGAGACUUGGGGAAGUGAUGCCGCGGAGUGGAGGCCGUCGCGGUGGGUGGUUGGGUCGUCAACCGGACAGCCCGGGGAGGAUGUGUACAACACGGAGAUGGAGCGGAGGCUCAUCGCUUGGUCGGAGGGGCCGAGAGUCUGUCCUGGCAAGCGGUUCUCCCAAAUUGAGAUCCUGGCGGUGCUGCUGCAGCUGUUUCGACGGCAUAGAGUCGAAAUCGUGCCUCAACCGGGAGAGACAGUUGAGGAGGCACGGCAGCGGGCUUAUGCGCGGGUGCAGCAGAGCACAAUGAGUUUGACUCUGCAUAUUCCCCAGCCGGAGAAGGUGUGCUUACGGUGGGAGCGGCGGAGAGAUAGUAAACUUGCUUAA